AUGUCUGAUGAAGACGAAGCAGGUCCCGCAGGUCACGAAGGUGAAGAAGUUGAGGAAGAGCAUGCCAUCGUUGACAAGCCAUUAUCAAAAGAAUUGGCUGCAUCUUCGUUAUCAAUUCUGUCUCGUCUUGGAUAUGGUCUAGCACAUGCGUAUAUAAAAAUUCAGUGUGUCUCCAGAAAUAUAACGGAUAUUUCGCUUCUUGAAAAAUAUGUGCAUCUGCGUAUCGUCAUUCUGAGCGGCAACUUCAUUACAGAUCUGACACCGCUCUCAGAAAUGCGCAGCCUAAUGUACUUAAAGGCCGAUCACAAUCGUGUUGCCGAGGGUGGACAAGUAAAACCACUCGAUCAUCUGCAACUUUUUGAUCUAUCCUACAACAAACUGCCAAAUACUGACGGAUUCUCGCACAAAUCCCUCAAACACCUGAUCCUUAAUCACAAUGCAAUACUGUCACUCCGGGGGGAAUUUAGUCCUCCAUUGAAUCACCAGAAAUUGCCCAGUCUCCAGACGCUGGAGGUGCGCGGAAAUAAACUGACCACUACCGAGGGCCUUACCUAUCUGCCAAAAGUUACCACGCUGUAUGCUGCUGCGAAUAUGAUCACGUCUCUGGACAACAUUAGCUACAUGACUAGUCUCGUUCGACUUCAUCUUCGCGACAAUCACAUCAAGAAGCUUGAUUGGUUUAACAGUGACCUAGUGAACCUGGAAUACUUGAAUUUGCGGUAA